UGUGGAGCCCGUGGCGGCGGGGUGGGGUUGGCCGCGUCGGGACCCCCAAAUACGGACCGCUCCCCGCUGGCCGGGGCCUCCGGUCCGCCCCUGCUCUCUGCUCCCGGGACGCUCCCCGUUGGUGGUGGGUCCGUGUUCCCGACCCUUCCCAGGCCUCUGCCCAAAGCUGGCCAGCGGGGACACGAAGACCACUCAGGGUCGGAUAACAAUCACAGCUGCAGUGCUAGCUUGAUGACUGCCCCCUCGCUAGCCCGGACCCAGCGCUUCCUCGUCCGAUGUGCACAGCGUUGAAUCAAAACACCCUCCUGGGAGGGGCUGUUAACUUCUUUUAUAAGUGAGGCACCAGUUCCAGAGAGGUGGAGUGACUGACUCAAGGUCACACAGCCAGUCUCCUGGCCAAGUCCCCAUUUCUGGCUGCUCAUGCCACUGGGACUGGGGCGGCGGAAGAAAGCACCACCUCUGGUGGAAAAUGAGGAAGCGGAGCCAAGCCGGAGCGGGCUGGGAGUCGGGGAGCCUGGGCCCCUGGGUGGAAGCGGAGCAGGGGAAUCCCAGAUGGGCUUGCCCCCACCUCCUGCUGCUCUCCGGCCUCGCCUGGUGUUCCACACCCAGUUGGCACACGGCAGUCCCACAGGCCGCAUCGAGGGCUUCACCAAUGUCAAGGAGCUGUAUGGCAAGAUCGCGGAGGCUUUCAGACUACCAGCUGCAGAGGUGAUGUUCUGCACCCUCAACACCCAUAAAGUGGAUAUGGACAAACUCCUGGGGGGCCAGAUCGGGCUGGAGGACUUCAUCUUUGCCCACGUCAAGGGGCAGCGCAAAGAGGUGGAAGUAUUCAAGUCCGAAGACGCUCUGGGGCUCACCAUCACCGACAACGGGGCCGGCUAUGCCUUCAUUAAGCGCAUCAAGGAAGGCAGCGUGAUUGACCACAUCCAGCUCAUCAGCGUGGGUGACAUGAUUGAAGCCAUCAACGGGCAGAGCCUGCUGGGCUGUCGACAUUACGAGGUCGCCAGGCUCCUCAAAGAGCUGCCCCGAGGCCGCACCUUCACCCUCAAACUCACAGAGCCCCGAAAAGCCUUUGAUAUGAUCAGCCAGCGCUCAGCAGGUGGCCACCCUGGCUCAGGCUCACAACUGGGCACUGGCCGAGGGACCCUUCGGCUCCGAUCCCGGGGCCCUGCCACAGUGGAGGAUCUGCCAUCGGCUUUUGAGGAAAAGGCCAUUGAGAAGGUGGACGACCUGCUGGAGAGCUACAUGGGGAUCAGAGACACAGAACUGGCUGCCACCAUGGUGGAGCUGGGAAAAGACAAACGGAACCCAGACGAACUGGCAGAGGCCCUGGAUGAACGGCUUGGUGACUUUGCAUUCCCGGAUGAAUUCGUCUUUGAUGUCUGGGGAGCCAUCGGGGAUGCCAAGAGUCAUUCUGAUGCUCCAGCUGUCCUGGAACUCACUGUGUAGACCAGGCUGGCCUUGAACGCACAGAGAUCCACCAGCCUCUACCUUCCCAAUGCUGGGAUUAAAGGUGUGCUCCACCA